AUGGCUCUCAGGCUGUUUCCUCGCGGGAGAACCGCCUACUACAACAUCUGCAUCGACGGCCACCGCAUCCCAGGCUCGCUCGAGUAUACCACCGUGAUAAACCACAUCCCCCAUCUGCGAGAGUGUCCUCGCCGGCCAGCCACCUCCCAGUCAGCCCUAGGUACAGUGACGGUAGACAUCGACCUGACCGCAGCCGUCCGUCGGUGCCGUCUCGUCGACUCGCUCUGCUUCCCCGUCUCCCUAUUCCGGGAGUGUCUCGCUCUCCUCGCCAGCGUCCUGCGAGACCACCAGCGCCAUCCCCUACAAGACCCGGGCUCGAUCCUGUGCGAUAGCCUGGAACAGCAGCUCCUUCUCAGCCGCUACGACUGGCCCGGCCUGCUCAGGUACUUUGCCUGUUUCGCCUACCUGUUCGACGACGCUGUUCUCAAGGCCUCUGCCUCCCUGCACCGCGGAAUGAGCAGCUUCAUCGCUAGGAACUGCAGGGAGCUCGCGCUUCAUGCUCCGCUCAGCGUAUCGCUGCAGUUCGUUGAUCUGUGUUUCCAUGAAGACUUUACUAUCCUUAUGACGGCGUUGUUUGAACAGCUGCGAAGCUCGGAUAAGGCGGAACUAGUACGCUACAUGGGUGUGAUACCGCUCUACCUGGGUGGUCUGCCAUCGCUGCAGGUUCCAGAAUAUAUUCUAGACCGGUAUGGGGAUAGGGGAGGAGGAGGAGGAGGAGGAGGAGGAGGAGGACAUCGAGACAGGGUCAAGAUACGGGCUCGACAUAGGGUCAGGAGGCGCCGUCCUGGUUUGCAGGACAGGGGCCUGUUUAUCAACCCUCGUUGA